GUGGAUGGACUUGACAGUGUAGUUAUGGAGCCCCCUUUGAGCAAGAGGAAUCCGGCGAUAAGAUUAGCGGAUUUGGCAGCGACUCAACCUCUUCCUCAUCAGAAUAUGACAGGCUUCCCGGGGCUAGGGGUGCAUCACCCUCACUCCCACCAUGCCCACCACCACCCUGGGGAGAUGGGCAACGACCCCGGAGUGGCACUCACUCCAUUUGGACCCGAGCACAUGGCACAGACAAACGCUCUCAAACUUAGCCCCUCUCAGCACAUUCAGAGCCACCACGAAGCCCAGACCGCUGCAACGGCAGCAUCCUUCACUUCUGCUCAGACCACAGUAGGUUUCCCCGUGGCUCCUCACCCCCACUCAGGCUACUCUAGCAGCAGGGACUACAUCCUCAGGAGAGAACUCUCAGCCUCGGCUAUGCAUGCACUUGGCGACCAGCAUAGUUCCGCCUCCUCCCCUCAUCACCAUGGCAUGUUCAUCGCACCAACAGGUGCUUAUGGGCACGCCGAGACUGGUGCCCAUCCACUUUUCUCUGGACUCCACGACCAAGCGGCCCCAGGUGCCCACCACCACCACCACCACCAUGCCCUCAACGGGCAGAUGCGUUUGGGUCUACCGGGGGACAUCUACGGCAGGCCAGAGCACUUUGGCCACAGGCCCGAGCACUAUGGACCCUCUUCUAUCCACAGCUACAACUCCAUGAACCUCAAUGUGAACAUCGCUUCUGCUCCUCACGGAGCCGCGGGGGCGUUUUUGAGAUACAUGAGGCAGCCCAUCAAGCAAGAGUUAAUCUGCAAAUGGAUUGAACAGGAUGAAUCUUCAAAGAAGCCCUGCUCCAAAACUUACAGCACCAUGCACGAGCUGGUCAACCAUGUCACGGUGGAGCACGUCGGGGGACCGGAGCAAGCCAGUCAUGUCUGCUUCUGGGAGGAAUGUCCGCGGGAGGGGAAAGCUUUUAAGGCGAAAUACAAACUGAUAAACCACAUCCGAGUUCACACGGGAGAGAAACCAUUCCCUUGCCCUUUCCCCGGCUGCGGAAAAGUUUUCGCUCGCUCGGAAAAUCUAAAAAUUCACAAAAGGACGCACACAGGGGAGAAGCCUUUCAAGUGCGAGUUUGACGGCUGCGACAGGAAAUUCGCCAACAGCAGCGACCGGAAGAAGCACUCACACGUCCACACGAGUGACAAGCCUUACUACUGCAAAGUCAGAGGCUGUGACAAGUCCUACACGCACCCCAGCUCGCUGCGGAAGCACAUGAAAGUCCACUGCAAGUCGCCCCCGCCCCCUUCUGCCAACGCUUCGUACCAUUCCUCUACGAACCCUCUUGGCGCGCCCCUUUCGCCCGCCUCCGAACCGCACAGGAACCGGUCCGCGAACCUCUCGCCUCAGGUUACCAACCUCAAUGAGUGGUACGUGUGCCAGGGGAGCGGGGGACCCAACCAUCUCCACACCCCCUCCAGCAAUGUGCCAACUUCGGACUCGGACGAAGAGGACUCUUUCAGAAAUUCAGACCCGAGGACAAUGCUCUAA